AGAGCAGCGACCUUGUAUGCUCUCCUAUUGCAACCGUUUUUCAUUAUUCGAUUAUUAAAGAGGAUAUGUCCACUGGAGAUGGACCACCAGCGCCCCCAGACGGAUCUGGACAGAACUUUCCUACACCAACACUGAACAAUUUGCUCAGUAAUAAGUCUUCUGUGGGAGGAGAUGCGGGUUUACAACAACAGGAUCAAAACGUUCCAAACGGUGGCACACCAUUUGGAGCUGAUCGGUACGCGGCCACAGCCGCCGCGGUAGCUGCAGGAGCCGGGUCGAUGAACCAUGGCAAUGGACCGCCAAAGCAUGCUCAACUGGCUGGUGUGCAGCAGCAAGAGUGGCAACAGCCUCGAUCCCCUUCACAACAGCAGCAAACGGGUCACUCACAGCAACAACCAGAAGGCCAAUCUCAAACUCAACAACAACUCCCUCCCCAACAAAUACCACAGCAGCAACUCCCACCGCAUCAGGCACAACCACAUCCUUAUGCAGCUGCUUACCCGCCGCAAUUUAUGCAGGGCAGACCACCUGGUUACCCUAUGUAUCCCGGCUACCCGGGAAUGCCUCCUGCACAGCCUGGAUAUCCUGGAGCUCCCGUCGGCUACCCGGCACAUUUGAUGCGACCGCAGCAACCAGAACUUGUUCGAAUGCCACAGGGACCUACACCAGCGGAAUGGGCAGCUCAGCAACAGCGGGCAAUGAAGGAAGCCAAUCCACCAACUCCUGCGAGCAUGCCAGCUCCUAGUCCUGCUGCCUCUUCCAUAGCUGAUGACUCUAUGGACGACAAAUCUCGAUUAGAAUCACCGAGUUGGGCUAAUCAGGGACAGCGCACUCCUCUUCCACCUGGAGCGCAAACCCCAGCGGCUACUCCACAGAUGCAUGCGGGUGGACCACCUCCCGCUGGAAUGAUGAUGCAUCCAGGAAUGAUGCCACCGCAAGGUAUGAUGCCUCCGGUGAUGCAGCCAACCCCACCUUCUGGACCCAGAAAAGAAAGUAUCGUUGACAAACUUGUGGGUCCACCUAAUGCUGCAAAUCCGCCAAGAGUCAUGCCAGAACGGCGCAUGUUUUUUGAGCGCCUUGUACAGUUUUGUGAGCAGCAUGGAGAGCCGAUAACCAUGAUACCACAAGUCUCAAAACAGAACGUGGAUUUGCACAGACUCUACAUUGGGGUACGAAAUCGCGGAGGAUUUGAGCAGGUGACCAAAGACAAGGCUUGGAAAGCAAUCUGCACGGAAGCGAACCCAGAGAUUUCGCAGUCUUCGGCCGCAGGCUAUCAACUGCGCAAGCACUACGAAAAACACUUGUUGCUACUUGAGUGCGUUGAGACGGGUAGACGACCAGAAGAUGCAGUGGCGUUUGCCGAUGGACUCAAAAGACAGCGGCGAAAGGAGCCAGCUGCAUCAGCCGCCGCCGCCGCAGCGCCACCAGCCAGUGCCAUGCCACCUUUUCCUGGUCCAGCGCAUCCUCAGCCUGGUCAGGAUCCAUCAUUAUAUUAUCAACAACAGCAACAACAGCAAGCUGCUGCCGCCCAUGGAUAUCCACCAGGAAGUUUGCCUCCUGGCGCCUCCUAUCCGCCAGCCGGGUAUCCGCCACGGUUACCUCCAGCGACGCCUAUGCGAGCACCCCAUCCACAGCCACAUAUGCCGGGAGCACCACAGCCAGAUCUGUCCCAAUUGGACGAACAGCAGCGGCAGCACUAUUUUAUGCAGCAGCAAUACCAUCAACAAAUGGCAGCACAACAGCAACAUCAGCAACAACAACAGCAACAGCAACAACUUCAGCAAGCGCAGACCCCGCAACCUGCAUCGCAGCAAAGUCUUGCUGUCCCCGGCCAAACGCCGCAGCCGGCAACACCUGGCCGACCUGGUUCCGUUCAACCGGCAACGCCUGCAGCUUUGCAGAUGGAUACAUCCAGUCAGUCGGGCAGCCGAGCGCCAAGUACAGGACCAGCGGCUAGUGCCGCCUCACCGGACAGUAGUUCACGGAUGAGUGCUGGCGCCGAUGUCGCCGAACAGCAGCGGCCCGGAUCGGCUGUCGUGCGAACGCCAGCGGCUACGCCAACGCCUGGACCACAUCCUGUGCCACAGCCCUCUACAAGUAUGGCUGCGGUAGGACAGCCGGGGCAGUCGGCUGGUGUGCCGCCGCAACCACCAACAGCGCCCUUCUAUGGACAACCGGCACCAAUGUAUCCGAAUGGACCACCGCGAAUGCCAGGUGCACCUGUUGGGUAUCCGGCUGGGUAUCCAUACCACCCUGGACAUGCUGGUGUUCCUCCUGGUCAUCCAGGUGCUCAACAACAAGCUCCGCAAUUUGCGCCAGCACCACAUCCUGCUGCUCAUCCUUCUCACCCGCAACACCAGCAGUAUCUGCAACAGCAGCAGAUGUGGCACCAACGAGGCGGCUAUCCAGGACAAAUUCCUCCACAACCCUCUAGAUAUGGAUAUCCACCAAGAAUGCCACCACCACAAAGUACAACUAGUCAUCAGAGUGCGGCCUCGCCUGGAGCAAGCAAGAUGAGGUAUCCUGCUCAAGUGGCGCAACCUCAGCCGGCAGUGACUCCGCAGCCACAACAACAAGCGUACGCAGCUAGAGCUCAGAUGGGCUCUUAUCCGCCGGUCCCGUCUCAGGCUCCAGCCCCAACUCCAUUAGUGCCACCUGUAAUGUCCUUCUCGCAUCAACAUCAUUUCCCUCAUGGUAGCGUAGAAGCAACGGUGAUCAGCCAAAAGAGGAGACGUAAAAUUUUGGCGAGAGAGUUGAUAAAUGCCACUCCUCGACGUCUCAUCAUGGCCCUGCGCAGUGGUUUGGAAACAGAGGCGAUAUGGGCGAUAAAUGCUUUGAAUGUGCUCUUGUACGACGAUACCAAUCCGCAUCCGUGCCUGACUCAGAUGCCUGGCCUUCUGAAUGUAAUUAUCGAGCAUUUCUGGGCAACGCUGUCGGUCCUGUAUCCUGACAACUUCCCUCUGGGUGAACCAUCUCGUUUCAAGAUUCCGGAGGGAAAUCCCGAUGCACUGCGUCUGCCGUAUCUGACGAAUGGAAGUGCUCAUGAGGAGGUGAAACAGCCAGUUGCGGCUAGAAAUCCUGAGACUAAGAAGAAUUAUAACAAGUGUUCAAGAACGGGCCGAAAGGUAAAGAUACUGGACGCUGAGAUGCCAGAGUUACUCAAGCGAAAACUCAUGCUAGAAGAAGGUCCAAGCUCACUGCCUACUGAUGAUACUCUAUCUGUCCAUUAUGUGGAGGAAAAAAUCAAGAUGGGCCUUGGAGGUGGACUUGCCGAAAGAGUUGCACUACGUCUAAGAAAUGAGUGGAAUGCUGCAAAGAUCCAAAGUCGAGCUAGAUUUAGCAUUUAUGAGAAGAAUAACGCGAAAGAGGAGGAGUGCAACCCUGAAGCACUAACGAAUGGAUCGGUGAAAGUAAAAGAAGAACCUGAGGAUGUUGACGAAGAGCAAGAGGAGAAGAUCCCGGAAAUUCUAUUGCUUCGUCGAGGGCGCAAAGAUGAAAUGGCGGAAGGCUUAAAUGAUUUUGAGAUACGCUGGCCUCGCGCAACAGCACUCACAGAUAGAGAUGAGACACUGCACCGAUUUACGUUACGUGCUUUGGCGCUGUCAAACAUUCUACGUGGCUUCUCUUUCCUACCCGGCAGUGAGCAUCUCUUAUGCGCACAUAGUGGAUUGCUGUACGUCUUAGGGCGCUUCUUGCAAUUGUUGUCCACCGAAAUGCCUGUACAGCGGGCCAAGCCAGCGCCAAAGAUUGAUGUGGAUGCUCCAUUACCAGAGCCAGAAUCUUACGAAGUCGCCAGAAAUCGCGCUCUAUCUUUGUUAGAUUGUGAUGACUGCGAGCAAGUACUUUUGGUUGAGACUGCAAAUCAGUUGAGAGACGAUGCAUUCGUGAUGCUUUGCCAUAUGAGUGUAGCGCUGGAUCUUUUCGAAGUGCCUAAUGAUUUGGCUUAUCCAAUCUAUGAUGGCAUUCUUCACUGGUGUGCAUCUAGUGUGCCUGAAGCGACAGAUCCGAUACCACCUGCGGCAGUUUCACCAAGGAAUUACUGCUUGGAAAUCAUGUGCAAGAUGUCGGUGCUGGAGCGAAAUGUCGACAUGCUGUUAUCUACGGGAGCAUGGCCUCGCCUAGAAAAGAUUGUUUGCAUGUUGGCAAGGAUGUUAAGCAUGAGUGAAGAAACGCACAACAGAGAGUUUGCCAUUGUGAUCCUGAAUGCUUUCUGCAACGCAUCUGAAGCGGUAUGCUACGUAGCAGCGAUGCAAACACCCACAAUUGCGAACCUGGUUUCAUUUAUUGAAACAUCUGAUCAGAGCAUGCAUCAGGUUAUGCAAACACAUGGCAUGCCAGCAUUGCGUGAUAAUCCCGAAAUGAUGGGCACGUCAGUAGGAAUGCUUCGCAGAGCAGCCGCUAUGCUGCGCCUGCUAGUUAAAGUUCCAGAAGCCUACCGGGUAUACGCAAAGUACCAACAACGACUGCUGCAGUUCACAAUGAGUCAGCUGAUGGAUUCUCGAGUGGCUGGUAUGAUCGCGGAUGCACUGUAUGAGAUACAACUAAUGCUCGGCAAAGAAAAUAUGCAAAACGAGACGAAAAAGGAGACAAAUGGGAAAGACAACGGAGAUGCUUCUGAAGUGGUCAAAUCUGAACCUGCAGCCGAGGAUUCAGCAUCGUCUGCAUCCACAGAUGUCGCAACGGAAAAUGCUACCAAUCAUGAGUCUUCUCCAGCAACUAUAAAUGGCGACGCGAGCACCCCAGCAAAGAAAGUGGCGACAAAACGGCCUGGAAUUCGCGACGAUUGUGUGGCCAAAGCACCGGCAACAAAGCGUACAUGUCUGGAGAAUGGGUAUGAGAAGAAGAACGGGAAGUUAGACAGCAGUCCGUUGAAGAUAAAGGAAACUCGUGCAGAGAAUGGAUCCAUGACAGCAGUGGCGUAAUCAUAGUGGAUGAACUGGCUACAGGCUAACAUCCAGCGUCAACAUUGUCACCGUGGUAUUGCGCCCAUAAUCACAUCGAACACCGUGCACGUGUGAGGUGUUUGUUUCUCUCUUGUUUGUGCACGUACGGCGACUGAUUCCUAUAGAGAGCAUCAGAUGCAUAGCAUAGGUAUUGCUGAAUACCGGUAGGGCCCGCCAAUACCCCGUUUUUUGGGUUGGCUGGCCCCUUCAAGUAAGGUCCUCGUUCGUCCGGUUCUUCAUCUUCAAUUUCCUUGUUCAUUUCAUAAAAUUCCUGCUCUGCUUUGUCUUCGUAUUUUAUCAGUCAAUUCACUGCUCGGGAUAACUCUCCAUGUAAGUAUUACUUUAGCAGUUAUCAUUUUUAACACUUCUUUGUCUGGAUACAUGAGCUCGGCCCCAAUUGCGUGCGAGUUUCACCUUUCCUUCGCUACUGUUGACAGGUUGUGUAGAAACGCAUGUGACGCCAUUUAUCGUCUAUGUCCCCUUCAUUAAUUUCAUUUUUUCUUCCCUGUAGAAACUGGUUAGGGUGUACUGUACCGUUAUAGCUUAGCUGUACAAUUACAGUUUCUACGCGUUACAAAUACACGGUAAUAGCGCAUCUGUUCCCAUGGUUACUUCUCUUGGCGUUUUUCAUGAUACUUUGUCUCGGCUGAUUUUGUGCACCUGGGAUUAUCGGGUCAAGAGUUCUAUUUGUUUGUGAAUGGUUUCAGUGUGUGGCGUGUUUCUCUCCCUUAAAUGUGUGUAUGUCGUGUGUUCGUCGGGACACAACCGGGUUUUUUUUGUACCCAGAUGUCCCACGAUAAACCUCAACUCAAAAUGUCCUUCUUUUAUUUCAUCUUAUGUAAGUUAAUGUCGAGUUUUACAUUUUCUAAUACAAUUUGCUCAGCCAGUGCUGCUUUUGAAGAUUCAAUUCCCCGUUCCCCUUCCCUUCCCGUCUCUCCCCUUGGUUUUUAUGAGAUGAAAUGGUGAUUUUUAUGUGGUGUUUUUUGUGCUACUCCUGCUGCUAACGGCGCCAUUUUAUAUUAUAAGUUAUGACAUUCUGAAACCAAGUUGCGUUGUUCUAGAGAGAAUCUCCCAAGUUGUCCGUUCGUCCGUUCAUCCCGAUUAUGUUUGUUUGUUCACAUGCAUUCAUCCACAUUCAUUCAAGUUCUAGGGGCAUACAUUUUGAAGUAAAUAAUAUUAACUUAUGAUGUAUUUGUUGGCUACGUGGACUGCAGUUUGAGUUUGCGCUGCUGUGUAUAUUUCUUUUCCCUUCCUUUUCUUCUUUUUCCCUUUUUCUUUGUCAUGUCAUAUAUGUAUCAUAUGACAGUUGUUUGAAACACGAACAUGUGUACGUUUCUCGAGUCAGGAAUAAAAUGAUCUAUAAAAA